AUGAGUUAUAUGUUAAUAAGGAAAAAAAACGACAUAAAAAAAGAUUAUGGUUUGAAGUCAGCUUCACUCUCUGCUAAGUUCCGAAUAAUAAGUUCUCUCUGCUGUGAAUCACAGCCACCACGUACUGCUGCUCUUAGGGUUUUCUGUAGUGUAAAGGAGAGGGUGAAAAAGAUAAUAGCUGAGCAACUGGGUGUGAAAGAAUCCGAGAUAGUUAACUAUGCAAGCUUUGUGGAAGAUCUUGGAUCUGAUUCUCUUGAUUUGGUUAACCUUGUUAUGGGUCUGGAGGAGGAAUUUGAAAUUGAGAUGCCAGAUGAAGAAGCAGAAAAAAUCACAACCGUAGAGGCAGCAGUUGAUUAUGUUACCAGCAAUCUAGCAUGA